AUGGCCGGGCCUCAAAGGAAGCCACGCCUGAUGUCUCUCUCGGCAUCGGCCAGUCUCUUUGUAUCGUCUACUACCGCGGCGAAGAAGAGGAGGACACGAGAGCCCGUGGCGGUCGAUGCUCUUCCUCUGAGCAGCAGCAGCAGCAGUGAUGAGCAGGCGGAGGGCGAUGGUGGGCAACGGAAGGGGCAGGCGCCAAAGAUUGGCCACGCAUCAGACUCAUCGGCAAGCGCCGGCUACUCCAGACGGGGUGACAUGGGACAGACAGAGUUUCGUCCGUCGGCGGCGCCGGUGCGAAACGCACGACAGUCGAGCCAAACGGGGACGGGCCACAGGGCCAUGGAUCUCCGGCAGCGGUCGAUGGGGAAACGAGGAACCAGCACACAAGACGACGACGACAGCAGCAUCAGCUCACGGGGAUCAAAGCGGCCAAGGCCGGCUGGGGCGGCGACGGUGACGAGGGCCUUCCAGCCGCCGUCCUCCCAGGCCAGCAGCCAAGGCUCCCAAGCCAGCGGUGCUGAUCCUUUGUUUAGCCGCACUCGCCAACACCCGCCGCAGGUUGGGUACAGCCGGCAGCCCUCUUUCACAUCUGCAGGUCGCGGUGCCACCAGCUCUUUCAAGAAAGUACAUGUCCACGGAAGCUCUGACGUUGACGAGAUCAGCGAGCCGGAAAGCCGAUCCACCUUUAUCCGACCGUGCAAGCUCUCGCCCGAGACAGCAUCGCUUCCCAAGAGGUUCCAGCUUAAGAAGCCUGCAGCUUCCGAGGACGAGGACGAUGCCGCGACAGUGUCAAAAGCGCAGUUCAAGUGGCCAGUCAAAUCCCUAGCGAGAUCGCCACCUCCGACGAAGAAGGUAACAGGAAAGAAACACGCGGACAUUCCGCUCGGAUCAACACUAGAAUCGCUCAAGAGCAGACAGAAGUGGAGGCAGCGACAGCGACCAACGCAGACAAAGGAGAGGCCGCGGCCAUCACGGCUAGAGGAAGCCAAGAAAGCCCUACGAAAGAAGGAUCCCGCUGCGUCCAGUGACAGCGCUGACGACGACGAGAACUCCGCACGGCCGGCCGUCUUCCGGAUGCCGGCGGUAUGCAGCACAGACGAGCAUGCAAGCUACAACGGUGGCGAGCCGAUCUCCUCAGACGAGCAUGCCAGCGACAGCGGCGACGACAGCGAAGAGACGAUGGCGUUUGAAUCGGCAGUGUGUCCGCUCUGCAGCGCACCCAUGGACGAGGAGACGCUGCUGGCGCUGCUUCCACCGGACAAGGGACCCGGCAAGGUGACGACGUCAGCCGGCAGUGUGCGGCUGCAGCUGAUGAAGUUUGACGAGAAGAUGAGCUUCUGUGCGGCGCAUCGGCAGCGGACAGCCAAGAAGACGUGGACCUUGCGCGGCUACCCAGACAUUGACUGGGACCGGCUGGAAGGGCGGAUUCGGAAGCACGGCGGACACGUGCAGGGCGUGCUGGAGGAUAGGGUGCCGUCACACUUCCGGAGGCUGCUGCAGGAACAGCGCUUGGGUGGUGGCAGCAUCGGAGGCGACGCUAGGGAUCCCAGCCGAGGUAGCACCACCAGCGUGCCAGGCUACUACGGACAGCGAGGUCUGCGAAUCAUGUCAGAGGCGAUUGUGCAGCGGUUCUCGGUCGUGCUGAGACGGCAGGCAGUGCAGGACCCGCUAAUCGCGGCCCGCGGCUACCUGCAGUUUGUGCAAGACGUGUUGGUGCCGGAGCUGGCGGUGCGGCUGAUCAUGGAGGACAUGGGGGUGGGGGCUGAGGGAGCACGGCAGAUCCUAGGCGAGAGCGUAGCGAUGGGCGAGCUGAUGCACGAGGACGUAGACGUGGUGACAGAUGGCGAGGACGAGGACGAGGCACUGGAAAGUGGGAGCGACGGAGGAUAG